GAUAGCAGAAGCUCAAUUAUUAUUUUUAUUUAUUUUUUAAUGUAGAAAGAGUGUUUAUUAAGUUGGUUGGAGAUAAUACUUAAUAGUAUGACUUAUUAUAUCAGAGAGGGUGAGGCUGGGGUUAAUGGUUAGAUUGCCCACCGACAGUGACAAAUUUCAUAAUCGUCACAGCUUUCUCCCCCACCACAUGAAUGUUCAUCCAUCUCUCACACACACACCCGCUGGGGUGUGUGUGUGUGUUUUGGGGGGAACCAUCGUAGCUUGGCAUGUGGCCGAGUGGGGGACAUACCCCAAAAACUCUCUUAAAAAAUUUGCAUAAAAGUGGAAAACUCAAACAAAUUUAUUAUAUUAUUAUGCAUUGAAAAGUAUAAUCCACAUCCAAAUCCCUUUUCUUUUUGUCAUGUUUCAAACACAUUAUUAGUGUUCUUCUCCCCCCCUACCUAAAUCCAGCAUUUCCUAGACACCAAAUAUAUAUAUAUACAUUCAAGAAAAAACCAAUCUUUAUUUAUUUCUUUAUUUCUUUCUUUAUGCUUUCUGGUUAAGGAGAGGAUGCCAAGGCCAGGCCCUAGACCUUAUGAGUGUGUUAGAAGAGCUUGGCACAGUGACAGACACCACCCUGUUAGGGGUUCUCUUAUUCAAGAAAUUUUCAGGAUUGUGAACGAGGUUCAUUGUCCAGCUACUAGAAAGAACAGAGAGUGGCAAGAAAAGCUCCCCAUUGUUGUCCUUAAAGCUGAGGAAAUUAUGUAUUCCAAAGCCAACUCUGAGGCUGAGUAUUCGGACCUCGAAACCCUUUGGGAUAGAGUUAAUGAUGCGAUUAACACGAUAAUUCGAAGAGACGACAGUACCGAAACUGGGGAACUUUUGCAGCCUUGUAUCGAAGCUGCACUGCAUCUGGGAUGCACGCCUCGAAGAUCAUCAAGAAGCGAACGGAACAACUCCCCAAGACAUUACCUUAGGCCUGAAGGGGUAGAAAAUUCAAAUGAUAAAGUUUAUGGAAAUCACACAGUCAUUACUAGUAGCCCUCUAAUGCUUCCUUAUCGGCAAUAUUCGAUGCUCGAUCCCAUGAAUCCCUUGCAUCAUAGUAACUUGAUUAGAAAUUCUAACCAUGUCAAGAAAUUUCCAGUCUUGCCUAAGAAAUUUUGUCCGAGCAACAACCAUCGUGCGUCAGAACAAACUUGUGCAUCAUCAAACACAUGGUCUGUCUAUCCAUUGUGCUACAAUAAUCAAAUUCGACCCCACGAACCUUCGACUUCAAAUUCUCACCUUGUGCAGAGUGAGAAGCUCGGUCUCGAGAAAAAUCUCACCCCGUUGAAGAUUCUUGAUGUUUCAGACAUUAACAUUAUUCCAUCGAGACAGGGGCUUAAUUCGAGCGAAGGGCAUGGAAACGAAUGCGAUUUAACUCUGCGGCUAGGCUCUUAUGGUGGUUCCAUACAAAUCGAAAAUGGUAAUAGAAGCUCUCUACAAGGAAAGAAGUUCAUGGAGAAACAGGGAGAGUAGGGCAUGAAUACAUUUACAAGGUUAGAAACAACAAAAUCUGCUUUUAUAAGGUAAAAUGUAAACUGCUAGUUUGCGCAUCUGAGAUGCGGAUUAGUAUCCGGUUCAUGAUUUUUCUGUAAAUGAAGUGUUAGCUUUUGUCUAUAAAUUUAGAGUAUCUCUUAGAUUUGCACAAAACCUUGUUUUUCUUAUUUUUCUCGUUUGUGUAAUUUGGAUGUUGACUUGUAGACCUGAAAACACACAAGAAAUUUGUCGAGACGGUUGAAUGAGAAAGUAUUUUCAAGUGGGGGAAUGAUUCAUUGAUUGUAGGAACAAUAUAUUUUCGAUUUUGAUUUUGUGUGAAUGUACAUCAUGUGGUAGUAGUAAAAAAGAUCCCAUUCAGUUAUUAAUAUGGUGGUCCUAAGGAUGAUGGAGGGUGUUUUGCCAGUAUAUAUAAAUUGUGCAUUUAAAGUGGGGAUGAAGCUUUGGAUUCUUUUGAAUAACAAAAAAGUGAGUUUUCUUC